GACUAAGCCAGAGUCGGGGGUGCGCAGCCGUUUGCUCCAACAGACACCAACGGUGUCCCGGGAUGGUACGGUUCUAACAACGAGGCUGAACUGCUGGUCGCUUCGAUCAUCCUCUCUUUACACGAUGUUAGCGAAUGCUACAGGUGAAGUGUUCAGACUAGCAAAGUCAGGUGUUAUCCAGGCAUCUUUCACGCUGUUAACCUUCCCAGUCCAUUUGCUGGGUCGCAUACGGAGGUUAGGCGCAGAUGACAGAUGGGUGCAUAAUUCGCAGAAUUUGUUGGCCUUCGCAGAAAGGCAUGACCUGCACUCCAAUGAAGUCUUUUUAUCACAGUCUCUUCCCCCACCCGUCUCCACCCCUUUACCAGGUCCAUGGAGCUUUCUGACAUCUUGGUAUGUUUUUGGGUUAAUCAUGAUGGCAGUUCUCUUACAUCGUAUACGGAACAUCGUAGUCCCCAGGGACCAAUUCAUCAACCGUUUUACUCGCUCCAGAAGGCUCCGUACAUUUCCGUACUCUGCCAUUCCUUCGGUUUUCCCCUUGGAUUUAUCGUCUUCGAUAAGUCGUCUCGUGCUGCGUUCGCCCUCACUAUACUUCAUAUUCAAGAUGGUCGUUAUAUGGCUCAUUGUCCUCGCUCAAGCGGCCGACAAGUUUCCAACGUGGAACUCGUCGUGGUUGCAGUCAGUGGGGACUUAUGUCGCCAAAAGAGAAACAGCGGACCUCUGCUGGUCCACUUUUUGCGCUGUCUGCAGUGUUUUAUGCAUGGAAGGACUGACACAUGGUUUAGAAGGCGGAACGCACCGCCCUUCGCCAUUUAAUUUGCUCGGCUAUGCAUUUCUUUUGCAUACCUACUCUUCCCCGGUGACUCACUGGAUAAUGCUCGAGGGCUCAACUUCACGGCCAGACAAGCAUGUCGUAUUUACUAUUCUAUUACCUUUGCUUCAGCUCGCAGUCAUUCACUUGAUUGGGAUUAAGCAAGAUUGGUCAUCACAUCGCCUCAUUCCAUCGGCGUUUGUGUCGUUUCUUACACUCACUCACUUCCAUUCAGUUCUGUGGCUAUCAGAUUCAUCUUAUCCUCUGCUCAACUACGUGCCUUGCCUGUUUGAAUCUACCCUUCUAGCCGUCGUAUUUCUAGCUCUUUUCCUCAAUGCCUUUACCCAAAUUGCCACAGAGGGCACGGUCUCCCGUCUCCUAUUUGGCCACCAAGCUGCUCUUCUUCCCCAAUGGGACGAAGACUUCUCGGUCGCAUUGUUACGCAUGGGUACGGCAAGUCUCGAGGCGUCGAGCGUAUUGGGCCUUGGGAACCAAGUAGGGGGUAUUGCUGCGGUCGCGCCCCUUCCCUUGAACGAUGGAACUGUGGAACUGAAUCGCUUGGGGGUGGCUUCGCUUUCUCCGGCUGUCGCAGGUUCCGUCAAACACCGUCGUUUCAAAAAAGGUUUUUCCAAUGAAAUCAAGACCGUCAAGGUCACAACCACUGGAGGGAACGUCUGGGUAGAUAUGGCUUGGUGCAGGGAGCUUGCAAGGCUCGGAGUGAGUGUGGUGCGAUGUGUCAGGGGGCUGAUAAUGAAAUCCUGGAAUGUACUCAAACGGAGGUCGCGAAAGCCGCCCAACUUUCCUCCUCGACGUAUAGUAGUCAGGAGCGAGGCCACCAAGAGUGAGCGGAAUCAAGAUCUAGAUACCGAUGAAGCCGAAGAAGAAGAAGAAUUGUACGAAAGAUUCAUUAGGGGAGAAUCCAUGGACGAAGACGAUGAAGAUUUUGAAUAUUACCCCUCCGAACCGGAGCAGACCGGCUCCAAUAGCCCUACUUCAUCGAGGUCUGAACAUGGCAGCGAGGAGGAGGAAGAAGACGAAGAGGUUCUACGGCAAGACACAAACGAGACUGUGAACUUGUUUUCGGACCUCUCUUCCGCUCCCUCGGCCAUGACUUCUGCCUCGGUUUUGGUGGCACAUAUGACUCAUAAUUCCUCGUUACCAAUGACGAGACAGCGAUUCCAGCACCUUAUGUCGACACCUUCUCACCGCAGUGACAGCCUCCUCAGCGACUGGAGUGACGUUGCUGCGAUCCGACGAUCAUCUUCCAGCGGUACUGGAGACUCGCACACCGAGGCAGGGAGAAAUUGUGUGAUAUGCACAGUUGAGCCACGCCAAAUCAUAUGUUGGCCAUGUCGAUGUCUCGCGGUGUGUGAUGACUGCCGCGAAAAUCUUGCAUCCCGUUCGUCCGCAUCUACUCACACGUGUCCUUGCUGUCGAAGAAAUGUGGAUGGGUAUUCGAAGAUCUACAUCCCCUAAUCCCAAUGCCUUUAUUGGGUGUAAUCCAAUAAUGUAACAUUACAAUGGCAGACGUCGCUAUUCCUGUCGUGGAUCGUAGAUGAUUGCGUGUUCUAUUAGUCCCCUAGAUCUAUUCUUGCAUAUCUGUUUUGACAAGAUAACGUGUGCGGGGAAGACCCGGCCUAGUUGCAAGACAGGAAUGUACUAUAAUACAAGGUCGCACGUAUCAGGGAAAACAUGAGUCUACAUAGACUAGCAUACAGGAACGAA